UCUGCACACAGUUGCAUAAGUGUGCAGCAGUGCAGCUGUGUUCUGUGCAAUCUCAGAUGCAACUCAACAUGAGCAUGCUAUCGUUUUUCUGGAGGAACGGAAUAGAGACACCAGAGCCACUGAAAGCAGAAGUGUCAGGCUCCAUCCCAUCGUGGCUUCAGGGGACACUUUUGCGCAAUGGCCCUGGUCUGUUCUCAGUUGGAGAAACUUCAUACAAGCACUGGUUUGAUGGAAUGGCACUCAUCCACAGUUUCACCUUUAAAGACGGUGAAGUGUUUUACAGGAGUAAAUUCUUGAAGAGUGAAACAUACAAAAAGAACACGGCUGCCAACAGGAUUGUUGUUUCUGAAUUUGGAACCAUGAUCUACCCAGAUCCCUGCAAGAAUAUUUUCUCAAAAGCCUUCAGUUAUCUGCAGAACGCCAUCCCAGAUUUCACAGAUAAUAAUCUCAUUAACAUCAUAAGAUAUGGUGAAGAUUAUUAUACAUCAUCAGAGGUGAACUACAUCAAUCAACUUGACCCAAUGACUCUUGACACAUUAGGAAGAACUAACUACAGAAACCAUAUCGCCUUGAACUUGGCAACCGCACAUCCUCACUACGAUGAUGAAGGGAACACGUACAACAUGGGCACUGCCCUAAUGAGCUUCGGCAGACCGAAAUAUGUUAUUUUCAAGGUGCCUGCCAAAGCCUCAGGUAGCAAGACCAAUAAAGGGAAGAAGCCAGCCCUAAGUGAGGUGGAGCAAAUUUGCUCCAUUCCUUUCCGAUCCACUCUCUACCCUAGCUACUUCCACAGCUUUGGCAUGACAGAAAACUACAUCAUCUUUGUGGAGCAGGCCUUCAAGCUGGAUAUUCUCAAACUGGCCACAGCUUACUUCAGAGAUGUCAACUGGGGCAGCUGCCUGAAAUUCGACAAAGAUGAUGUUAAUGUUAUCCAUCUGAUCAAUAGGAAAACUGGGAAAACUGUGAGCACAAAGUACUAUACAGAUGCUUUUGUGGUCUUCCAUCACGUUAAUGCCUAUGAGGAGGAUGGCCAUGUUGUCUUUGACUUGAUUACAUACAAGGACAGCAAUCUGUACGACAUGUUCUAUUUAAAAAACAUGAAGCAAGAUGUUGACAAGUUCAUAGAGACCAACAAGGACUUCUCUCAACCAACGUGCCAGCGGUUUGUCCUUCCUGUCAACAUAGAGAAGGAAACUCCAUCGGAUACAAACCUUGUCAAGUUGAAGGACACAACAGCCACAGCAGUGUUGAAGCCUGACGGCUCCCUCUACUGUACCCCCGAUACCAUUUUUCCAGGUUUAGAAUUACCAGGUAUCAACUACAAAUACAACGGUAAGAAGUACAGGUACAUCUAUGGCUCCAGGGUUGAGUGGUCACCAUAUCCAAACAAGAUUGCAAAAGUUGACACAGUUACCAGAACACAUCAGGAGUGGAUAGAAGAGGAGUGUUACCCGUCUGAGCCCGUGUUUAUUGCAUCUCCGAAUGCUGUCGAAGAAGAUAACGGUGUGAUCCUGUCUUCUGUGGUUUCAUUUAAUCCACAGAAGCCACCUUUCCUGGUGGUCCUGGAUGCUAAGUCCUUUAAAGAGAUUGCUCGAGCUUCCAUUGAUGCCACAGUUCAUAUGGACCUACAUGGACUUUUCAUCCAUGAGAAGUCUACCUCAAAUGAUCCACAGCAAGUUUCAUAACUUAAAGUGUUAGUUCAUCCAAAAAGGAAAAUCCGAUCAUUGUGUACUCACACUUACGUUCCAAAUGCUAAUUACUUUCUUUGAGAUGUUUGAGAUGUUAGGCAGAACUUUAGCCUCAGUCACCAUUCCCUUUUAUAUUUUUUAUAUAGAGGCUAACAUCCUGCCUAAUAUCUCCUUUUGUGUUUCCCAGAAGAAAGAAAGUUAUUUGUGUUUGGAAAACAUUAUGUAGUGGGUUAAAGGACAGAACUGGUAAGCAGAAGGUUGCUGGUUUGAUUCCCACAGCCACCACCAUUGUGUCCUUGAGCAAGGCACUUAACUCCAGGUUGCUCCGGGGGGAUUGUCCCUGUAAUAAGGGCUCUGUAAGUCGCUUUGGAUAAAAGCAACUGCCAAAUGCUUGAAUGUAAAUGCAUAAAUGUAAAAGAAGAAAGUCAAUAUUGUAAAUUAACAAUUUAUCUUGUAACAAAACAAGAGUUGAUUUUAUUGUAAUCUUUCUCUUUGUUUUUGCAAAGACGUAGACCGAUCAGCCACAACAUUAAAAUCACUUGCAUAAUACUGUGGAGGUCCCCCUCGUGCCGCCAAAACAGCACCAACCCGUAUCUCAGAAUAGCAUUCUGGGAUUAUAUUCUUCUCACCACAGUUGUACAGAGCGGUUAUCUGAGUUACUGUAGAAGUUUGAACCAGUCUGGCCAUUCUCUGUUGACCUCUCUCAUCAACAAAGUAUUUCUCUCCACAGAACUGCUGCUCACUGGAUGUUUUUUGGUUUUGGCACUCAAACUCAAACCAGCCCGUCUGGCACCAACAAUUAUCCUUGUGAUCAUCUAAUCAGCCAAUCAUGUUGCAGCAGUGCAGUGCAUAAAAUCAUGCAGAUAUGGGUCAGGAGCUUCAGUUAUUGUUAAUAUCAAUCAUCAGAAUGGGAAAAAAUGUGAUCUCAGUGAUUUGGACCAUGGCAUGAUUGUUGGUGACAUAUGGGCUGGCACGCAUGCCAUAGGUUGCCGAGCCCUGCUCUAGAAUUUACUCCAAAUGGUGCCAAAAACAAGAAAUAUCCAGUGAGCAGCAGUUCUGUGGAUGGAGAGAGGUCAACAGAGAAUGGCCAGAUUGGUUCAAACUGACAAAGUCUACGGUAACUCAGAUAACCACUC